CAGAAGGCGACAUGUUUAGUGUUGUUGAGUCGCAUUACUCCCUCAACGCGUCCUUGGGACUCUCUGCACUUCGGAAUAUGACUGAUUAACACUUUUAUUAGGUUAAUAAUAAUUACAGAAAGCUUUUGAAGUGAUGAAUCGUAUUUGAAUGACUGAGGAGAGAUGAGCGCUCCUAACGCCAGUGAACGCAAGGCCUGCUGGAGCGCGAGAGAUGAGCUCUGGAAGUGUCUAGAUGCCCACCGAGACAGCUCAUCUGCCUGUGAGAAACACCAGCUGGAGUUUGAAGACAAGUGUCCUGCCCAGUGGGUGAAGUAUUUCGUCAAACGGAGGGACUUCUUGAAGUAUAAGGAGAAAAUACAAAAUGAGGGCUAUGAACCAUCUGAAGGAGCAUCAAAAUUAUAGCCAGCAAUGGUGCGCAUCGGAGGGAAUAAUAACACUGGACUC